CUUGAAUAAACUCAUGUAAGAUGGAGGUAUAAACUUUGGUAUGCGCGUGAAGUUUAAAAAUUCUGAUGUAAUACUUUAUUUUAUCUCAAACGGUAUAGUUAAUUUUUUUUACGUAUAAUACAGUAAAUAUGAAAAUAUAUAAAUUUAAUCGACAAUAAAUCUGAGACAAUAUUUGAAUAUUAGUUGAUUAUUAAAUAUAAAUGUUUAUACUUUCUAACCUCAUGUUUGUUUCCUAAUCAAAUUGAUUAAAGGUUAUGGGAAAUAAUAUUAAUAAUAAAAUAAAUAUAAGUUUAUUUCGUAUACUUAUUAAAUCUACCAAUUUAGAAAGAAAAUAAAAACCAGUAUGGAUAGGGGUUUUAAACAAAUAUUAUGGAUGACAUGGACUUUGCGAAAUCGAACUUUAUUUUUAAAUUAUACAAUACGAAGUAGAAUUACUCAAACUACUUUGCAGAAUUAUUGGAACUCUUCUAAAGAUAUUUAUAGGUCAGUAAAACUAGAGCCAAUAAAAAGAAUAAUACUAGAAUCAUAUACACUUUCUUCAGUAAAUGCUACACACAUUUUAGAUUGUAUUAAUAAUCAAUGUUCAGAUAUGGACUUGAAAGAUAUGUUGGAUAUAUUAACAAUACUAGCUAAAAUAGUGAAUGAAGAUGGAAAACAAUUUAAUUUAAGAAAUCAUAAAGGAUUUCAAAUUUUGUGUGAAAAAUUACAAAAACAAAUAAGAAAUAUGAACGUAUCUGAUGUUGUACAAGUAAUAAAAUUACUGAAUUUUCUUGAUGUACCAGCCUCUACAAUGUUAAUGCAAAAUCUCUUGCAAAUUAUAAGAAAUUCUAUAAAUGAAUUAGACAUACAUCAAAUACAUUUGUUGUUAAUUAUAUUAAAAAAAAUGGAAGAUACCCCAUUAUCAUCUGCUCUACUAAUAGCAUUACCUAUACUAAUUCCAAAUAUUUUAUCAACAAAGCUUGAUUAUUUAAAUUUGAAAGAAUUGUCUUUAGCCUUGUUGUAUAUAAAAUAUGUAGAAAGAAGAGAUUUAACUAAUAAAAUUUAUAAAAGUAUAGAAUCAUUACUGAUGUAUGAUUCUAGAAAUGUUUCAGUGUCUACUCUUAAAUAUAUAUUUAUUUCUUUAUGCACAUUAUCAAAUAAAACAAAAUUCGUAAGUGAUAAUUUCAAGACAAUGGAAAUAAUACGUCAAGCUCUGUUUCUAAAAAUAAAUAAAUUGGCAUCAGCAGAUAUACUAGAAUGUAUAGUUGAAAUAUGUAAAAAUGUAAUAGAAGGGAGAAUGAUACCUUAUAGUUAUAAUACUACUUUCAUCAAUGAAUUAUUGAAUGUUGCAAUAACUAAAAAUAUGGAUCCCAAAAUUUGUUUUGAUAUUGCAAACUAUUUAAAUAAUAUAUCUUAUAUUUAUAUACCAUUCAUAGAAUUUAUGAUAAAUGAACAUGUAAAAAAAGAUGUUAUGAAGCAAAUUCGUUCACAUAACUUGAAAAUAAUUUUACGUACAUUGUCUAAUGCUGAAUAUCAGUCAGUACCUUGGUUUGUCCUAGAAAAUAAAUUUUUAGAUGAAACAUUUAUAAAACAAUGCUCAAUUCAAACACUACUCAAAUAUGCACUUGAUUUAGCAGCAUUAAAUAGAUAUUAUCCAAAAAUGUUGUCAACAAUUUUUACUAAUAUAGAUAAAAAAGUAUUAAUUUCGUUUACUGAUCUUGAUUUUAAAAGAUUGUUGCUUUUGUAUCAAAGUGUAAAAACAUUAUAUCCAGAUUAUCUGGGUCCUUGGUUUGAUAAAAAUGAGUUUUAUAUGUAUUAUAUAUCUGAAAAAGUCAGUAACGAAUUAAGAAAAACUCUAGAAAGAGCAAUGGGAGGUCCUCAAUAUGUGUUAAGCUAUUUGAAAACAAAAAUAGGACAUAAUAUUAAUCAUGCUAUAAUUAUGCGAAAAGGCGGAUUUCCCAUUGCAUUUAAUACGUAUAAUUCUGAUAUUCUUGCAAAAUAUACUCAUUAUGUUGAAGAAUUGCGGUGUACACAAGAAAAUUUUGUUAUACUUAUAAUUGAAUUCCCUUCCAUUGCAUAUUCAAUUAAUACUCAAAAAUUAUUGGGUGUACGGAACUUACAAAUAAAAACUAUAGAAAAAUGGACUGGACAUAGAUGUGUUUCAAUAAAUAUGAAAGUUUGGUUUAAUCUACCAUCACAUGAAAAAGUUACAUAUAUUAUGCAAAAAAUAAAAGAUAAAUAUCCUGAAAUUAUGGAAAUAACGUAAUAAUAAUAAUGAUUUCAAAAGCAAAUUAAAAAUGUUUUAAUUAAAAAUAUAAUUCAUA